AAUUUAAUUUAAUAUUUGCAAUCAACCCAAACACCUCAUGAUAUACUUGUGACGUUGCGUGGUAGAGUUGUUGAUAGGAUAACGGUAACGGCAACAGUAACGGCGCUUGGUUUUUGUGAAGAAGCUUCGAUCCCCUGUAAAACAACCAUUUCAUUUCACUCACUCUCACAACGCAUCUCUGUUCUCCAUCUCCUUCGAUCACGAAGAAAUAGAAGAGAUUUGGGUAUGGCUAUACAACAUAUAGCUGAAGUUACCAGCUUGUCCCCUAGGGCAACUGAGAAUGAUGUUCGCGAUUUCUUUGCUUUUUGCGGAACGAUUGAACAUAUUGAUCUUAUCAGAGCUGGUGAUUAUGCAUGUACGGCUUAUGUAACAUUUACGGAUGCCUAUGCUCUGGAAACAGCAGUCUUGCUUAGUGGAGCAACUCUUUUGGACCAGACUAUAUGCAUAACAAAAUGGGGACAAGAUUAUGAUGAGUCCGAGUAUUGGAACAGAGCUUCUUCAUGGAUUCCAGAAGACGGAAAUACUUCAUAUGCAUCAGCCCAAGGAAACCAAUAUGCGUUUACAGCAGGAGAAGCAGUGACGGUGGCUCAAGACGUGGUGAAAACAAUGUUAGCGAAAGGGUAUAUUCUGAGCAAAGACGCACUGGGAAAAGCGAAAGCGUUUGAUGAAUCUCAUCAAGUAUCAGCAAGUGCAGCUGCGAAAGUGGCUGAACUAAGUGAGAGAAUUGGGCUGACUGAUAGGCUUUUUGCUGGAGUCGAAGCUGUUAGAUCUGUUGACCAGAGUUACCAUAUUUCCGACACUACUAAAUCAAUCAUGUCGGCAACGGGCCGGACAGCUGCUGCUGCUGCUACUACUGUUGUGAACAGUAGCUAUUUCUCGAAAGGGGCUCUUUGGAUGUCUGAUGCAUUGAGUCGAGCUGCGAAAGCCGCUGCGGAUUUGGGUAAUAAUGGUGUGGGCAAAUGAAGUAAUGUUUUAUUCUUUACGUGGCUGGACUUUAUAGUAUAAAUAAAAGGGAAACAGAUAAACACCACAUUUAAAGUCCUUAUUUUAUAGAUUAUUUUUAUGUUGAUAUAUUGCUUGUAGAAACACUAAUAUAAAAUUCAUGGAGUGGUUAUAAUCUUUUUUUUUU